AUGGCCAAAAACACACAAAAUUCCACAAAAGAAGAUGACGAAGAAAUUGUUUUCCAAAGUCGAUACCCCUCCGUCCCCAUUCCAGACGACCUCACCUUGCCGGAGUUUGUGCUUAAGGAUGCAGAAUCCUACGCCGACAACGUAGCAUUCGUGGAGGCUGCCACCAAUAAAUCUUACACUUAUGGUCAAGUUGCUAAAGACGUAAAAAGAUUUUCAAAGGCCUUGAGGUCCCUCGGCCUUAGAACAGGCCACGUAGUCAUUGUCGUACUCCCCAAUAUGGCCGAAUACGCAAUCGUGGCUCUAGGCAUAAUGGCCGCCGGUGGUGUGUUUUCCGGUGCGAAUCCGUCAAGCCAUUCGUCUGAGCUCAAGAAACAAGCAGAAUUGGCAGAUGCCAAACUAAUUGUGACCGAUGACCACACUUACAAUAAGGUGAAAGAAUUAGGGUUACCAGUGAUCAUACUUGGAGAAGGACGAGUAGCAGGAACUAUUUGGUGGGACGAAUUGCUGGAAGCGGCCGAGCGAGCUAGCAACAAUGGGAUCGAAAGCGUGGUGAAUCAAAGCGACCUAUGUGCUCUUCCAUUUUCGUCUGGGACCACGGGGCUUUCCAAGGGUGUAAUGCUAACUCAUCGGAAUAUCGUCGCCAAUUUGUGCUCUACUCUCUUCAGUGUUGGCCCUGAACUCAUCGGAAAGGUGACGAUAUUAGGUCUAAUUCCUUACUUCCACAUCUACGGACUCACCGGAAUCUUGUGCGCUACGCUUAAAAACAAAGGGAAGGUGGUGGUGAUGGGAAGGUACGAUCUGUCGACGGUUUUGAAAGCGCUGAUCGAGCAUGAAGUAACUUUCGCGCCAAUUGUUCCGCCGAUUCUUUUAGGCUUGGUUAAGCAUCCGAUCGCCGAAGAUCUUGAAAAGCUCAAACUCCGAUCGAUCAUGACAGCUGCGGCGCCUCUUGCACCGGAGAUUUACGAGGAAUUCCAAAAGAAAUUCCCUCAAGUAGAAGUUCAGGAGGCUUAUGGCAUGACGGAGCAUAGUUGCAUAACGCUAACCCACGGAGACCCAAGAAAAGGACAUCACAUAGCGAAAAAACGAUCGGUUGGCUACAUAUUACCCAAUCUAGAAGUGAAGUUUGUUGAUCCGGAUACAGGUCGUUCUCUACCUUCAAACACCCCAGGAGAAAUAUGUGUUAGAAGUCAAUGUGUCAUGAAAGGUUAUUACAAGAAUGAAGUGGAGACUGCUCAAACAAUCGAUGAACAUGGGUGGCUUCACACCGGGGACGUUGGGUACAUUGAUGAAGAAGGUGAUAUCUUUAUCAUUGAUCGUAUGAAGGAGUUAAUCAAGUACAAAGGAUUUCAAGUUGCACCGGCUGAAUUAGAAGGAAUACUUCUAGGACAUCCUUCAGUGGAAGACGCAGCAGUCGUGGGGUUGCCGGAUGAAGAAGCAGGGGAGAUACCAGGGGCAAAUGUGGUAAUGUGUAAAGAUGCAAAAGAGAGUGAAGAAGAGAUGAUGAAGUACGUUGCUCACAAUGUAGCACAAUACAAGAAGGUGAGGGUGCUUCAUUUUGUAGACAAAAUACCAAAAUCACCCUCCGGUAAGAUCAUGAGAAGGCUCAUCAAAGACGCCAUGUUGGACAAGAUUACCAAAUCUCAAUCUUCUGCUGUAGCACAAUAAACAUUUCACACAAUCCACAACCAAUAAUCUAAUUACGUAACACUUGCUUUUAUCAAAAAAAU